UUCUGGCGUUCAUCACCUUAACUGCUCAAACGACCUUCCCAAAAGAGAAAGAUAAGGCAAAAUGUUUCUAAAAGUACACUUUAUCUCCAAUUUCUCAAAUUUGCUUACACAUUUUUGAAAUUUUUGUUUCAAAAUUUAUGAAUCCUGUAAUUUUUUCUUUGAAUUUCACAAGUUUUUGCAUAUCUUAUAAUAAGAAUAUCAUAAGAAAAAUAUAGCAAACUUCAUCAUGAAUCCCAUAUAUCCAGUGAAGGAAGAGUAUCCAGGAGCAGAAGGUUCAUCAAGUUCAAGUCCAUGGAAAUCAAGAAAUCAGCCUGAUGGGAUAGCGCCACCGCUUCCACCACCGCCGCCGCAGCCAAUGGAAGGGCUGCAUGAUGUGGGCCCUCCGCCAUUUUUAACCAAAACCUUUGAAAUGGUGGAGGAUUUGACGAUUGAUAAUAUUGUUUCUUGGAACAGAGGAGGGCAUAGUUUUGUUGUGUGGGAUCCUCAUUCUUUUUCCACAACUGUUCUUUCAAGAUAUUUUAAACACAAUAAUUUCUCAAGCUUUAUACGGCAGCUCAAUACAUAUGGUUUUCGAAAGAUCGAUCCUGAUAGAUGGGAAUUCGCGAAUGAAGCAUUUCUUAAGGGUCAGAAGCAUCUGUUAAAGAACAUUAGGAGAAGAAAGGCACCAACUCAUCAGUCCACGCAGCAAGGUGUUAUUGAUUCUUGUGUUGAGGUAGGAAGGUUUGGAUUAGACGGGGAGAUUGAUCGUCUGAAGUGCGAUAAGAGCGUGUUAUUGAUGGAACUCAUGAAGUUAAGGCAGCAGCAGCAGAACAUGCUAGCGUAUCUUCAAACAAUGGAGUCAAGAUUACAAGGGACGGAGAGGAAGCAGCAACAGAUGAUGAAUUUCUUAGCACGAGCAAUGCAGAAUCCCGAGGUCAUUCAGCAGUUGGUGCAGCAAAGGGGAAAGAGGAAAGAACUUGAAGUGGCUAUUGGAAAGAAGAGACGACGACCAAUUGAUCAAUGGCUGAGUUAUGUUGAAGGAGAGGAGUCGAGAAAUCCCUAUGGUCCCCAAGUUUCUGAACUGGAGGCACUCGCACUUGAGAUGCAGGGAUUUGGUAAGGUGAAAAGGGAGCUGGAGGAUGAACUUGAAGAACUCGAUAGCUUGGAUAAAGAACUCGAUGAGGGAUUCUGGGAGGACUUAUUGAAUGAGGGUUUUGAAGAAGAAUAUGGUGCCGCUGGAAAUGAAGAAGGUGAAGAGGAAAAUAUGAAUGUCUUAGCUGAUAAGUUAGGAUUCUUAGGUUCAAGCCCUGAGUAUUAGUCUUCUUCUCAAAGCACAGCAUCAGUGAACAUCUCAUUCCUUGUCCUCUCUUCAAUCUUUCACUAGAUAACAUCUGCCUUACUCAACUCGAAAAUCACUGUCAAGAUCUCGGUUUAGGAACAAGGUUCCUUUGUUAAGUGUAAUAAAUCACUGUUCAACGUCCUGGUGUAUGUUUUGAGAUGAUUUUACCAAUGCCUCGGUGUAGGUUCGGAAUGAUCCUAUAUUCUAUUUAGUGCUUUGGGAUAACACUUUGUUCUCUGUAGUAAUUAUUGUCAGUGCUUUGAUUUAGGUUCAGAGAAUUCCUUUAUUUUCUGUAGCAAUAGCAGCCAUUACCUCUGAUGUAGGUUCGAGUUCAUCCUUUGUUCUAUGUAGCAAUCACUGUCAGUAUCUCGUUUUAAGUUCGAGACAUUCCUCUCUUCUCCAUAGGCUUCUUCUCUGUGUCAAUCACUGCCAAUACCUCAAGGUUUGGGAUAAUCCUUUGUUCUCGGCAGGAAAAAUUAUCAUUUUAGCCAAUCUUAAUUGGCCACGACUUUUCAUGCCUUUUGAUCCAUCUCUAUUCCUUUUUACUUUAAGUUCUUUCUCCCUGCUGACAGAAGAAACUUGUUGAAUCUAAAAUCAACAAUACUCGUCUAGUUCUUCUACUGGUGCUCGAUUCAAGCUCUGAUACACGCGAAUAUCAAUUGUUCGUUGACUCCUGAAUUAUAGCGAUUCAUGUCUCCCGCAUUACUGUUUCUAGUGCUCCAAACUUCGUCUACUGAUUUCUGCAAGCAUUUCUUGCAGGGUUCAACGGUCAGAAGUCGCAAUAGCCAGCUGAUUAAGGCAAGUGAUUUUUGCAACUCUACGGUCGGCUAGAUUUUUCUUGACUUGUCUUCAUUGUUUCAACGUGACAGAUAUUUAUUUGGAUUGGACAAGAUAAUGAGCAAAUACCGGUUCCUGCAGUCUUGUGCUGAAAAAUAUACACAAAGGUUGGUGCGAAUGAAUAUCGUCCGGCAGAUAUAUACACUCUGAGGUGGGGAGACGAGGUGUAGCGAGUAUUGUGUUUCCACGUACGUGCAGGGAAGUUGGUUCAAAUUCUGUUACCUAGUUCUAAAUAAGUUGAUACUUUGAUAUUAGUAUACGAGUCAUGUCCAGUUUAACGUGUCACAAAAAAAUUUGAUUAAGCGGGGAAUGAAAACUUUUCACCUCAACCAGAGUUUGCAAUGCCCCCAUUCAUUUGGAGGAAUUUGGUCAAAUAAAGACUUUGUAAUUUUCUUGGGCAUAACAAUGAAUUUGUAUAGCUGUUGAAUGUAAAUACUUCAACGAUUCAAUUACAUUAUUAUCUUUA